CGCGAGAUUUCCGAAGGGAUCGCGCGGUCGGUGUCAAUUACGGUGAUACCGAAGCAGCACCAGCGCCGGUGAUCCAUUUUUACCCCGAAUCGGCACACGCCGCAAAACUCAGCGCCUCGGUUCCGAAAAGCCGGAGGAGGGGGAAGCUCCACUCCAGCGACCACCGUCGGGGGGCUCCUGUUUGUCGGCGUGCGGAGCCAUCGGUCCUCGGCUCUCGGUUCAGGUGGUGUCCAACUUAGGAGCAGCGGGCCAGCCGGGGCUCCAUGAGCGCGACGGGGCAGCAGCACGGGGGGGGCCUGCGCUCUCGCCGGACGCUCGUCCGGGACCGGGAGCCCGGGCCGGGCGCCGGCGUGGAGGCGAGCUGCUGGCUGGCGCCCGGAGCGCUGCGCAGGUUGGUGGAGCUUCCCUCGCCCCCCCUCUCCAGGCAUCAGCUCAAAAGGCUGGAGGAGCACAGGUACAGCAGCGCCGGGUGCUCGCUGCUGGAGCCUCUGAUGCAGCGCUACUGGGAGUGGCUGGUCGGCCGCGUUCCCGCCUGGAUCGCGCCCAACCUCAUCACCGUCGUCGGCCUGGCCACCAACAUCUUCACCACGUUGGUGCUCGUGUACUACUGCCCUACAGCCACCGAACAGGCUCCGCUGUGGGCGUACCUGAUGUGCGCCGUGGGUCUCUUCGUGUACCAGUCGCUGGACGCCAUCGACGGCAAGCAGGCCCGGCGCACUAACAGCAGCUCGCCUCUGGGGGAGCUCUUCGACCACGGCUGCGACUCGCUCUCCACCGUGUUUGUGGUGUUGGGGACCAGCAUCGCGGUGCAACUGGGCACCAACCCCGACUGGAUGUUCUUCUGCUGCUUCGCCGGCAUGUUCAUGUUCUACUGCGCCCACUGGCAGACGUACGUGUCGGGAACGCUGCGGUUCGGCAUCAUCGACGUGACCGAGGUGCAGCUCUUCAUCAUAAGCAUGUACCUGCUGGCCGCCGUGGGAGGCUCCGCCUUCUGGCAGGCUCUGAUUCCCAUCGUCAACGUGCAGGUGAAAAUGGUUCCCGCCAUUUUCACCUUCCUCGGCGCCAUCUUCUCCUGCACCAACUACUUCCGAGUCAUCUUCACCGGCGGCGUCGGCAAGAACGGCUCCACCAUAGCUGGAACCAGCGUGCUGUCUCCGGUGCUGCACAUCGGUUCCGUCAUCGUUCUGGCCGUGAUGAUUUACAAGAAGUCCGCCGUGCAGCUCUUCGAGAAGCACCCUUGUCUUUACAUUCUGGCCUUCGGCUUCGUCUCUGCCAAAAUCACCAAUAAAUUAGUCGUCGCGCACAUGACGAAAAGCGAGAUGCACCUGCACGACUUGGCCUUCCUGGGGCCCGGACUCCUCUUCCUCAAUCAGUAUUUCAAUAGUUUUAUCGACGAGUACUCGGUGCUGUGGAUCGCUCUGGUUCUGUCCUUAUUGGAUCUGCUGCGUUACUGCGUCAGCGUGUGCAACCAGAUCGCCGGCCACCUGCACAUCUUCGUCUUCAAGAUCAAGCCUUGCUCGCUGCACUGAGCCAAAAGCCACGCGCGGACCCCGACGCCACCCCCCUCCUCUCCCUCCCUUUGUCCGUCCAUCCGUCCGUCCGUUAGGUGGCGCUUCAGACAAGCCGAUGUCGGGAGCGGUCACGUGAUCAUACUGGAGCGUUACUUCCUGUCAGUGUUUGUUUGAAGACUUCAGGUGCUACCAUAACACACACACACACACACACACAAGAAAAGAAAGAGGGAAGUAAAACAAAAAAAAAAAGAAAAAACAAUGCUCACCAUAAACGCGUCUAUUUUUUGUUACAUUUUUGUUUUUGCUACUGUGAAUAAUUUUGCUCUUCUUUGGCUCGCUUUUCUCAUUUAUUUUACGCGCAAUUCAUGUUUCAAGUUACAAUAACCACUUCGUGUACAUUUUUGGGGGCUUGAACUGGUCAAUUUUAUUUGUUAAAAUGUGUGUAUGGAGUUUUUUUUUUUUUUUUUUUUUGGUUUUGUUUUUUGUGUGUGCCAAAAGUAAAUAAAUAUUAUGCCUAUUAAAUACAGCUCUUGGAAUAUGAUUGAAAAUAUAAAAUAGCUAAUGUGCUAAACAUGAUCUUUUUGAAUAACAUUUUUUAUGUCACAACCUUACUGACUUUUUAAAAAUUUUAUUUAAUGGAGUUAUUGUUUUGAGGAAUAUUUUGCUUGACAGUUAUUUAAUAGAAUGGGGAAAAAUAGCACAAAAUACAAAUCCCAUUGAAUAAUAAAACAUGACAUCAGAUGUAUGUUCCUGGUUAAAAAUCCAAGUGCAUACAAAAAAAAUGUAACUCAAUAUAUAAAAAUUAACAAUCUUUCUAUUCAGUAAGUAGCAACAGCAACGUGAAGGCUUAUGGAACAAAUAAUUUCUUCAUUUGUCGUAAUUACAAUUAUAUUUCGCAAAUAAGUGGAACGGUUCAUGAAUUUUGUUGGCAUUUAUCCUUCAUUUAAUUUUGCCAUUAAAAUGCCUCUUUGUGUAUUCGCCA